GUUGGCCGGUCACAUGAAAUUUCGUCUUUGAAGAGCAGAAAAAUUAUUUUACCAUAAUGACACAUUUAAUAUUUGUAGUUUAUCUGAUACGUGUGUGCGUAGGAAUAAUAGCUCAGCCAACUGAACUGCACUCAUCCCUUCAUCAAGAGACUGAUUUUGUUUCUGCUGAUGUUGGUGACGAAGUAACUCUGCACUGUUCCUACAAAGGUGAAGCUGCAAGACUUUACUGGUACAAACAAACUCUGGGACAAAAACCAAGGCUCAUCUCUACCUACUAUAGAUAUGAAGGAAAUGGCAUAUUUUAUAAUGAAUUCAAAAGUAAUCCACGCUUUACGUUAGUUACUGGCAUCAGUAAAAAUCACUUGAAAAUAACAGAUCUGCGUGUCUCAGAUUCAGCUACUUACUACUGCGCAACAAGCUUUACUUUUAUUUUAGAGUUUACAAAAGAAACAUAUCUCAAUGUAAAAGGUUCCAGUUUGGACAUCCAGACUUUUGUCCUACAAUCGGUAUCUGAGACCAUCCAGCCAGGAGGCUCUGUGACUCUGAACUGUACAGUCCGCACUGGAACCUGUGAUGAAGACCACAAGGUUUACUGGUUCAAAGACUCUGAAGAAUCUCAUCCAGGGCUCAUAUACACCCAUGGAGGCAGGAAUGAUCAGUGCAAGAAGAAAUCACAGGCACAAGCACACACCUGUGUGUACAGCCUGCCAAUGAAGAACUUGAAUGUCUCUCAUGUUGGGUCCUACUACUGCGCUGUUGCUUUAUGUGGACGUUUACUGUUUGGUAAUGGGACCAAGCUGAAUUUUGAGCAUGAAGGGGACACUCUUCUCUUGUUAUAUUUCUGGAGGGGGGUUUCAGCUUUCACCAGCAUCCUGAGUGUUUUACUGGCUUCCUUAAUGUGCAUGACAAGAAAGAAAAACAGCAGCACAUACACAGAUUCUGCAACAAAAAACUCCCCCUUUUUCAAAGCAAAUGGUGACCAAGAAGGAGGCUACCUCUAUUUCAAACCUUUGAGGGACAUGAAGAUGAACAGAUCAGAAAUGCAGAUGGACAACACCUGGAGUAAAUGUGUCUAUUAUAGUGUAAAGCAGUAA